CCAUGCUGCUCAGUCCGGGAGGUGUCACUGCCACCAGAGGUCACCGUCACUCGGGGGGGACAGACGAACGCACCACGACAAAGCCACACAGACCUCAUGGAGAGGACAAGGACACAGCCAAGCCGGUUUGCUGCCCACCCCCUUCUUCUCCCCCGGGCAGGGUUCGCCCCGCACCAGCAUGCCCCAGCGCAGACAGACCACAAAUACAGCCUUCCAGCCCCAGCCACCACGAGCACCUCACCCAAGAAAGACUAGUAAAAACAGCCCACACCGAGGGCCACAGUGACCCCCAGAGAGGGAGGAGGACCAGGGGAGAUGGAUCCCACUGCACAGACUCUGACACACCCACUGGAAGCCCGGCCAUGGGUGUGGACACUCCACCAGUGCCUUACCCAGAUGAAUUGAGUGUGCUGCUUAGCACCCAGCUCAACAACCAUGUCAGAGAGGGUCCUGGAGCCAGCCCCAGUCCCACCCAGGGGCUUGCUGCAGCCAGCAGACCAACACCAGGAGCUCUGUCCAGGCCAGAGGGAGGGCAGCAAGCCUCUCCAUUGGGGCCACAGGGCCCUGGCUGCCCUCGCAUCCUGCAGCCGCCACGCCACCACAAGCGUGUGUCCAUCCCGGCUCUGCCUCAGGGGGGCACUAAUGGCUCUCUUCUUCGAUCGGGGUCUUCAGCGCUGCUGGCCAACCACAGGACCAAGCAGCUGCCGCCUCCCUCCAGGGGCUUGCCCUGCUUCAACUCUGGUCCCCAGGCGGUGAGCCCGUCUCUGGACCAUGGGGUGCUCGCUAAGCCCCGGGCUCUGGGGGUCAGGAGGGAACUUGGGAGAACCAGCCCUCCUAGCCCUAGUCUGGAAAUGCCAGACCUGGGACUGCUCAGAGCCAGAGUCCUGGUUCCCCCCAGCCUCUCAUUCAUCCCCAUGCCAAAAAUCCACUGAAGAGUUCACAUAAUCAAACAUGACAUGUUAUAUACUGUAUAACAUCCCUCCUCUUCCACCUGCUCAUUGUUCCUGCUCACCAUGUGUGUGUCCAUAUGUGCGUGUGCCAACAGCUCCUUAUGGACAUUCAGGAACUGCCCUUAACUAUUGUUUGAACUUCUGCUGAACUGAACAGAAUAUGUAGCAUAGUCCUGUCUUAAAAUUUACAAAAUGCAAAGGUACAGUGCACAUCUAUUCAAAAUGGCUCCCACAGGUUAUGACUGAGAUACACUGAAGGACUGUUUUAUCCUUUAUAAAAUGUCCAGUCACUUGCUUGGCAGCCUUUAAUUGCACAUUGUCUUAUGCAGAAAAAGAAUGACUAACAAUCAUAGUUUCUCUUUGCUAAUCUCUCACAUGUACUGUACAUGUUUUUUUAAAGAAUGUUCCACUCAACUCUAUUCAAACUCACAUGGGUCCUUCCAUUGAAACAGCAGCACAUGGUUUGACUACAGGCUUACAUGACCUCAGAAAUGUUCAAUUCCUCCCAGAGCGUAAAAAAUAGAAUGAAAGAAAAAAAGCAGAUUGGGGAAAGAAAUACAGAGUGGAGUUUUCUGCUUAAACAGGGAAAUGGGUUGAAAGAACAAUCGUUCACUAGAAAGUUUCAAGUAUUUCCUCUAGAAUAUGUCCUUCCACUAAACUCCCUGAUGUACCUCUUUCAGACCAAGUGACAGGCACCACUAAACUCCCUGAUGUACCUCUUUCAGACCAAGUGACAUUCACCACUAAACUCACAGUGAACUCCUGAACACUGAGUAACAUAGGUUUACCAUAUAGUAUCUACUAGAUAGUUUUGGUUCGGUAAUGGACUGAUUAAGACAACAUUAUUGAACAUCACUUCAUUACAUUUAGGCUACUUUAGAUACUAUCGUUUAAAUAUUUAGCACCCAUAAUUCGACCACAAAGGAUUAAGAUCACUUUUUUUUAAAGUGUGCACAUACAGUCACACGAGGAAUCUUUGCUCAAGCAUAAACACAAUUACAACUCUCGCACAACUCUCCUGAAUAAAACACAGUUCAUCUUGUAGUCCUGUUCCACCUCUGAGGAAAGAUGUUGGGGCACUAAUUACGACUGUACUGUAUGUGAGUGAGUGUGCAAGUUUGUGUGUCUGUCUGUUGCUCCUCCUUUCCUCUGUGAGGUUUUAGUGUGUUUUGAGUUAUAAGGGCUUAGUUCAGUUUGAGGAUUUGAGGAGUUUGAGGGUUGUGUUUAUCUCCUUUUCAGAACAGUGGUUAAUGUUUGGAUGCCUCUAGAAAUGGAGAGUGUGUUAAAUGGUUUCUGAUAGAGACUAUGGCAGCUUCCAUGCAUGGGGGCUAUGGCUGUAGGUUUAUGACUGUGUCACUCUCUGUUUUACAGUACCCAAUAAUACAUACUACACAUGCACACAUGGGGAAAAAAGCAUACACACAAUUCUGGAGAGUCCCCAGGGACAUUGAUCCAUCUGUCCCCUACAGCAAAACAAGAUGGCUGCCUGUGUGUUUGUCUGUGUGCGUGCGUGCGUGCGUGCGUGCGUGCGUGCGUGCGUGCGUGCGUGCGUGCGUGCGUGCGUGUGUGAGACCAGGUUUCCAUCCAACCUUUUUAUGCAAGUAAAGUAAAAGUAAGAUAAAACAUUUCAUGACAGGAAUGAUGAAAACUUUCCAAAUGUCGACAAAACAAAAUACGCUAGACAAAAUGGGAUUCUUUUGGGUUGGUAAAAUAAAUUAUGUGAGAAAUGUCUGUUGACACACUUUUAUGCCAAAAUAUGGACUGUUGGAAGUCAGAAGUUUACAUACACCUUAGCCAAAUACAUUUAAACUCAGUUUUUCACAAUUCCUGACAUAUAAUCCUAGUAAA